AUGCUGGGCCCUAGUUAUGGUGCUGGUGUCGCAUCAUCCCUAGGGGCCUCAGUGUCAAUUCUCCCGCCUACUCCAGCCCUUGCUCUGCCCCUUGUGAUGGCUCUCUCUUCCCUUUCCUCGUCCUCCUGCGAGGCUUCCAAUUCGCCGUGCUCAAUUUCUGGGUUGAAUUUGCUCCCGCUGUCAUUGUUGUCAGCACUCCCUUCCUCCUCAUUCGCCACCUCGUGCUCUUUUUCAGGCCGAUUGUGGCAUUCCCGCUACGUCCCGGAUCUCUCCAGCGCUGGUUCUCCGCCCACAACGGGCCCUCUCCCCCCUCUUCCUCCGCGCCUCCCGCCCUGGUCUCCGCGUGUGCCGCCCCUGCCUGCACUGCUGCUCCCUCCUCGACCGCCGUGGAUCGCGCCCGUUUGCCUCGGCGGCAUCUACGGUGCCCUUCCUAUGAUCGCGCGUCUGCCAUUCGGUGGUCCCCAGGCGAUUCUGCCUCCUCUCGCGUGGCUACGGGUCUCUCUUCCUUCGGUUUGUAGCUGGGCGUCAUCAGCGGCGGCUGUUGCGGGUCUCGACUGUGCCAGGCUUGCUCUGAGCCUUCGCGGUGCUGGCUGGGUGCGGAUCUUCCUCCCGUGCCUCCCGCAGCCAGCGCGGUCGGCGUGGUGGUUCUCGCGAGCUGGUGUAUCGCUCUCCUCCUGGGCGUACUCAUGCGUUCCUCCACCUUCACUCCCACCUCCUUACUUGCCGUUUCCACAGCCUCUGUCGUCGCCUCUUCAAACUCAGCAGUCGUCUGCUCUUCAGCCGGCUUCUCUGCCGCAUUCCUCUCAGAUGCCGCCCAUGUUACCUGCCCCUGUGGCUGUUUUGACGGCUUCCCCUGCUGUCCCUCCUUCCCCCAAGGGUGCGGUCCCCAAGCUGCUCCAGGGGGGGCGUGAGAUCCCGAUACCGUGGGAGGCGUUGUCGACUCCUCCACAGCCUGCUGCACCUGUUGCCUCCGGCGCAAUCCUGGAUGAGCGUUGGAGUAGGUGGGGGGAGUGCGCUCCUGUUGAGCGGCUUCUUCUUGUCGAGCAGCGCGUUGCGACCGUGGGGACUGUCCUGGAGCUGGUGGCGGGGGUGCUUGACCAGCUGCAUGCGAGUCUGAGGCGCGGGCGUGUUGCUUGCCUGCCGCUGUUGAAGAAGGAGCGGGCGGCUGCCGUGGCGGCGGCAAGACAGAUGAUGCUGAGCUUCCCACGAAUGGGUCUCGUGACCGGCUCCCCCGGGGUGGGUUCUGGUCCUGGGCCUUCUGCCGUGAGGCGGUUGGCUUCUUCUACCCGUUGCACCCCCCUUGACGUUGUACCAGCCGCCGCAGCGCUGUUGCGCUGGUUGGACGGACAGCUGGCUUUGAUUCUCGCCGAGUAG